CAAAAUUAAUUAACCAUACGUACUUAACGGUCCCGGAACCGUCCAUCCCCACUUCAUUCUCCCCUUCUUCUGCAUUAUCUCUCACGUUAACCAACUCCCAUAUUCACCUACACAUUAUAAUAUAUGCACAUUCCCACGUUAUUUAGUUAUUUCACAACUCUCUCUAUCUCUCUCUUUUUUUCCUCUCUCUAUUUGUCUCUCUAGAGUCUACUAAAUCAUAAGAUAUGUUCAUGCAAGAUGAUCAUCAUCAUCAUCAUCAUCUUCACCACCAUCAACAACAACAUUACCUUCAUCAAGACUUAGUACUACCAUGUCCACCAAUUAGACCAAUCUUGAUGGAUAGAAGAUGGAAACCAAAUGUAGAACUAGCUCCAAACUGUCCUCGCUGUGAUUCUUCUAAUACUAAGUUUUGUUAUUAUAACAAUUAUAGUUUAACACAACCUCGUUAUUUUUGCAAAGGUUGUAGAAGAUAUUGGACUAAAGGUGGGUCUUUACGUAAUGUACCCAUCGGUGGAGGUUGCCGGAAGAACCGCAGAGGAAAAUCUGUAAGGAUUUCGACUAAUAGUCGUUCGUCUCCGCGUUCGACUUCGAAUUAUGAGGGUGGUGGUGAUAGUAGCGGUGGUUCGUUGCAAGGUGUAAACGGUGUUUCAAGAAAUGAGUCAUUUGGGAAUUUGGUGAAUAAUAAUGCACCAUCAUCGGUGACUACCAAUAUUAUCUCAUCACAAAGGUCUGAUUCUAGUACUACUACUACUAAUGAUAAUGCUACUAUUGAUCUUGCAUUAGUUUAUGCAAAGUACUUGAACCAGCAACCGGAUUGUACUAAUUCUAGAGGAUCUAUUAUUCCUACUACUACUGGUACUGAAUUGCCUAGAGAUCAUCAUCAAUUUGGUUCGUCAUUUGAGUUCCUGGAAAACCCUACUCAUCGUCUUCAUAAACCAUCAUCUCAAGAGCAAUGUAUGUUUGGUUCUUCAACUUCGAAUCUAAUCGGAAGCAUAUCUAAUCCAUCUCCGGGUACUCAUUUGAGCGAAACAAAGCAAGUAUGUUUAGCAAGCCACGAUCAACAACAACAACCGGAGAUGAGUAGUAAUUAUAUGUUUCAAGCACCAUUACCACCGCCGUCCGAAGAUGUUAGUAGUGUUCUUCAAGAUAAUUUAUGGUUGAAUUCUCCAAAUUCCAUGUUAACGAGUUCGAAUUUCACUUGGCAAUCAACACCAACACAAUUACAAGGUUUCGAACCAAUUACCGGUGAUCAUGCAACAACACUUCAUUCAAAUUCAUUAGACGGUAAUUGGAACUCAUCAUUCCAUCUUCUUCCUAGUUAUGAAACUUUCCUUGGACAAUAAAUUCACAAUCUUACAGGUUUGAUUUCUUUUGUUUAUUUAUAUAUCAUUACUUUCUUUUACAAUUGUUCAUAUAUAUAUAUAAAAAAGAGAAUUUGGGUUCUCAUAAUGUGUCUUUUUUCAUAAAAUAUAUCCAAAUAUGAGUGUAAAAAUGUAUUACUUAUAAGUUUAUAAUUACAAGAAUUUUACGUUCCUUAUUCUUA